ACGAGCAAUCGAAACGUGGAAAUAUGGAUUUCGCGAUGGGAUGGAAUCAGUUCAACUUGACUCUGCUCGGCGUGUGGCCAGAACCAAGGGUGACCUCGGAUCGUUCCCGUCGAUUCACGUCUUUCGUGUUCUGGUCGACGUGUUUCGUGACGUUCACGUUCAUCUGCGCGCCGCAGACGGCGAAUCUGAUCUUGAAAUCGACCAGCUUGGACGAAGUGAUCGAGAAUCUGUCGAUUAAUGUGCCGAUCGCUUUUGCUUUGGCCAAGCAGAUCGUUCUACACUGCCACAAAAAGGCGCUGACGUUCUUGGUCAGUCAAAUAUUGCACGACUGGUCGCAGACACUUCCGGAUUCGGAUCGCCAUACGAUGCUGAAGAAUGCCAGAUUGAGUCGAAUGAUAUCCAUCGUUUGUUCCACUCUGACCUAUAUAAUGCUUUUCGCGUUCGUGUCGCUGCAAAUCUGGAACAAUGCGCAGAGCGCUUCCGAGACCGAUUUAGGAGGCCUCCUGCACCCAGCCAGCUUUCCCUAUGACACUAAGAAGAGUCCUAAUUUCGAGAUCACCUGGCUAGGACAGUUCAUGGGCACCGUGUUGACGGCGAUCUGCUAUUCCUGCUUCGACACGUUCCUGGCCGUCCUCGUGUUGCAUUUGUGCGGGCAACUGUCUGUUCUAAGAAACGCUCUCGAAAAUCUCGCCGACAUCAGCAGCAAAAACAGCUCCGUGAAGUUCAACGAAAGACUCGGCUACAUCGUGUACAGGCACAACGAGCUGUCGAGGUACGCCGUGAUUGUGGAAGACUGCUUCAAUCUAACAUUGCUUGUGCAAACUCUGAUCUGCACCGCGAUGUUCUGUCUGACUGGAUAUCGUAUGAUAACCUCUGUAGAUCAGGAAGAAGAAGACGUGCCCAUUGUAGGGAUGGUAUUUUUUAUCAUACACGUGAUUUAUACGAUGCUGCAUUUGUUUAUAUAUUGCUAUGUGGGAGAAGCGCUCGUUGGCGAAAGUACCGGAGUUGCUCAGUCUGCAUACAACUGCAUAUGGUAUAAUUUGCCGUCGAAACAAGCAGUAUCGUUGAUUAUGUUAAUACGCCGAUCGAGGAUAUCGUUUCAAAUAACCGCCGGCAAGUUUAGUCCCUUCUGUCUGGAAUUUUUCAACGCAGUAUUGAGAACUUCCGUCGGAUAUCUGUCCGUGUUAUUGGCCAUGAAAGAAUAA